CACAAAGAAAAUAAAACUAUACGAAGUUUACCAUUCUACUUCCUAAUUUUACAAAGAAAUGAGCACUAAAGUUACCACCACAGGCGUGACUUUGAAAACCGCACCAUCUGUUAGUGGAACACAAUCCCAUCCUGGAGCAAAGCGAGUGCACCCUUUGAAUGAACCAACUGCUGUCAAAAUAUUUGUAACUCCAACAGACAAUAAAGAGUUUAAUCACCUAGGAAUACAGUUGUUGCAGCUGAUACGUAACGGGAACGCAAAACAAGCACUAGAACUACUUGAUAAAAAUGCAGAUGUGUGUUUUUGUGACCAGGCUGGAUGGAGUGCAAUGCACCAUGCAGCUUGUAACGGCUUUGUGGAACUAAUAAUACAUCUGAGAGAGAAAGGAGCUUCAGUUGACGCCUUAGAUUGUUCGAAUGAAACCCCAUUACAUAAGGCGUCGAGGAAGGGCCAUGCUGAAGCAGUUAUAGUGCUCAUAACAUUUGGCGCGGAAAUUAGUGCUGUAAACAGUAAUGGAGAAACUGCAUUAGAGCUUGCAGUGAAAACUGUCCAAACUACAGUUGUAGAGAAUUUGUGCAUGCUUGGAGUUGAAGUUUUGUUGCAAGACUGGUCAUGGUCAAUGAUUGAGGAAAACGAACUGAGUAAGAAACAGAGGAAAAUUAUAGAAAUAUUGCUUAAGCAGCAUUCUCGCAGUUCUGGAUAUGCACAAAAAUCCAUUCAGUUUGAAAUAGUUUCCCUAAAAGCCAAUGAAAACAAAUGUCUGGAAAAUCUAGGAGUGGAGGUAAUUGGUAAUGAUGAUGCUAAAGAUUUAGAAGUUAUUGACAGUGGAGAAAUAGAUAACGACAGUUAUUUUCUUUAUUGUUGUAAGAUGAAGACAGAAUACUCUGAAGUCACAAGCAGCCUUAAACUUAAAGACAACACUGAACUUGUCAGCGAUAUUUAUGAAUGCCGACUUUGGUGUAACAAAAGGAAGACCCUGCGACUUAGUAUACGUCUGAAAACUGUUCUUGCAAGUAAUGAGAAUCUCAUUAUAAUGUCAUCAAAUGGAAAGAUCGGACGAAUAGAUUGUAUUGACAAGUUUACGGAACACAAGAACCAAUCAAAGCAUUAUUCUGUGGCUCAUGUUACAAUAAGUGUUUACACAGCGUCAGUAUCAUUCUACUUUGGAAAACAAAUAGAGCCGGAAAAGUUCAACAUCGGUUCUGAAGCUGUGACACUGAAGCCAAAAGGAGAACCUGAAGCUGAAAUAAGUAUUCCUAAAGGCUCAUUUGAAUCAGAUGGACAAAUGUCUUUACAGAUUGUUGAUACCAAAGAAGUAAAUGAAGAAGAACAAGAAGAAGAAUCUGGAGAUAUGUUAACAACAAACAUAGUCGACAUAUAUAUGACUGAUGGACAACAACCAAAGCAAGAAAUUGGUAUAAAAAUCCCAAUCCAUCACAAGUUGUCUGAGGAUGAUGCUGUUGUAAUACUGGCAACCUCUAGCGAUGCGCCUUGUUCAGUUGACGAUUGGGAAGUCAUGGAGGCAGAAAUGGACGAAUCUGGCAAAUCUGCAACUUUUAGAAUACGUCAUUUUUCUAUCUAUGCUGGUUCAUCAAAAGAGAAAGUGAAAAUAGACUUACCCGGUGUUGUUGAUGCUUUAGAGAGAUCUUUAAACCGACAAAGAAAGAUUGAAUUCAUCUUUCUAACAAAAUGGGUAAAUGUUGACACUCUGCUCUUGGUGAUCGAAGGAACCGCUGCACGGAAAUCUGAUAGUAGAAUAAAAUAUUGGGCGAGACAAGGCUAUAAUGAAAAAUCAUUGAAGAGAAGCAAAGAAAGUCGUGUCAAAAAUGGGCAAAGAUUCAUGUUUACCUUUUCUGGAAACCUUGCAGAAGUAUCAAGAGAAGAGAGUUUUGCAUUAAUCUACCAAAACAACAGAGAUAAUUUCCGGAUGUUUAAUAUCUGUUUAGAUGACCCCAACAAACCAUUCACUGGAGAAAUUCAAAUAUCUUUUGAAAAUGAAGUUAUGCUUACAAUACCAUUAAAGAAGAGUGGUUUAUUUUCCUGUUGCAGUGCUCAAAGAGUAAAGAAAGUUACAAAUAUUGAGCACACAAGCUUGGAGAACAUUUCAUAUAAGGUCAUAAAACCAAAAGAACCUGAUCCUCCCAAACCAGAACCAAAGAAAAUGUCGGACCAAGCACUAAAUAAACUGGGGGUAGUCAAAUAUAAAGUGACCAGUACGAGACAACGCACUCAAAUUUAAAGGAUGAAGAGAAUAAUUCACAGAGGAGGACACCAAAUAUUGGAGAAUUCUUGAAACAUUGGAAAAUUGUGAAAAUAUUUUUUGUUUGUUUGUAAAAAUAUGUAUUUGUCAUAUAUACUUAAACAAUAGACAGAACAAAGAUAAUAAUGUUUAACCAAUGCUUAACAUUUUAUAUAUCUAAAAAACAUUUUUUAUAUUCACUGACAUAUAGCAUGGCCAGCACAAUGGUUAUUAAUUGACUAAGAACUAUUGAAGUUUGGUUUUUGUCUUUUCAACUUUGUCGGUAAAAGUAUUUCGUCUCCCAGUCUAUCCGUAACCCAUUAAGGAAAUAGUCCCUGGCAUGUUAAGCUCAACAGUUUUCCUUUAAAAUAUUUAAACAUUGUGCAAUGAUCAAAUAUAAAUUGAAUACAAAAAGGAAAAAAUUAUUUUGGACCGAUUUUAUUUUUGUUUUUUUAAGUUUGCAGGUAAGCACAUAUGGAGCAGGAUCUGCUUACACUUUUGGAGCACCUGAGAUCACUCCUAAUUUUUGUUUGGGUUCGUGUUGCUUAUUCCUUAUUUUUCUAUGUUGUGUCAUGUAUUGCAUUGUUUGUCUGUUUGUCUUCAUUCUGUUUUAGCCAGGCGUUUUCAUUUUAUUUUCGAUUUAUGAGUUUGACCUGUCGCUCUGGUAUUUUUCGUCCCUCUUUUAAUGAAAUAGUCCAAUUUUUACAACAAAUUGUAAAUGACAUUACGUUUGUGUCAUUUUUAUCGGGGUAUUUCAAGGCAGAGUUGUAUAUAUAUAUAUAUAUGUGUAUUGCAGAUCAUUUGAAUGUAAAAAAUCUCGUAAAGCAGUGUACAAUUUUCCCUAAAACUACUUAUAGUUGUAGUGCUAUAAAAAUAACAACAUAAGUAAGUAUUUGUCUGAAAUUACUUAAAAAUGAAAUAUCCCUGCAUGCGGUUUUCCCCCUAUGACAAGCGAUGAUUUGUUUUUAAUGUCCCUGGUAUUGAUUUUGUUUCCUUGACGUGAUCGUCUUUCCCUCUGAUAUACAUGUUGAAUUCUUACUUGGGGUGUUUUCCUUUUUGUCUUUAGUAAAUUGUCAUUUUUAAUUGAUUAACUCUCUAACUCACGACAUUUUAUAAUGACCUGUCAAACCAUAAAGUCCUCAAUUUAACAAUCUUGUUUUAAAAAUACAGUACUACAUGUGUUUGAUUGUUAGAAUAUGCAAAACCUAUCUCUUUAUUUGGAAGAUUUCAUCCAGUUGUUACAAGUUUGUAUUGAACAAGGGCUUACUAGUAGCAUUUCGUUCUAGCACAAUCCUUGUUUCAGUAUUAUUUUGCACUUUCAAAUACUUUCUAUAAUGAAGUUUGCAAUUGUUUAACCUUCAGU